AUGCGUGAGAUCAUCACUCUCCAGCUCGGCCAGCGGAGCAACUAUCUGGCGACGCAUUUCUGGAACGCCCAGGAGUCCUACUUCACCUACGGCGCCGAGGAGGAGUCGCCCGUCGACCACGAUGUCCACUUCCGCCCGGGCAUCGGCACCGACGGCACCGAGACCUUCAUGCCGCGGACCGUCAUCUACGAUCUAAAGGGAGGAUUCGGCACCUUACGCAAGAUCAACGCCCUAUACGAGAUAGACGGCGAUGCGGCCGCGAGCAGCCUGUGGCCCGGCCAGCCGGUAGUGCACAAGCAGCAGCCCAUAGACGCGAGCGCGUACCAGGGCAGCCUCGACGCCGGCCAGACGCCCCCCGAGCUGACCACCAGCACGGUGAGGUACUGGUCCGACUUUAACCGCGUCUUCUUCCACCCGAGGUCUGUCGUCCAGCUGAGCGAGUACGAGCUCAACUCGGCCAUCAUGCCCUUUGAGAAGUGGAACAUGGGCGAAGAGCUCUUCGCUUCUCUCGACAAGGAGCACGACCUCCUGGACCGGGAUCUGCGCCCCUUUGUCGAGGAGGCUGACCAGAUGCAGGGGCUCCAGGUCAUGACUGGUAUCGACGACGCUUGGGGCGGCUUCGCCGCAAGGUACGCCGAGCGGCUCAGGGACGAGUACGGCAAGGCCCCCAUAUGGGUCUUCGGCGUGCAGGAGCCCCUUAGGGGGCUUCCGAGGGAAAAGCGGUUCCUGAAGCUCGUCAACAAGGCGCGAGCCCUCACCGAGCUUAAUUCCCAGGCAUCUCUCGUCAUCCCGCUCGCCUUGCCGGAGGGUCCCCUCCCCUCGAGCGUACGGCUCAACCCUUCGUCGCCCUGGCACGUGUCCGCCCUCUUCGCCGCCGCCCUGGAGAGCACGACUCUGUACACCCGGCUGAGGACGUCCGACCGCAUCUACUCGAGCAAUCUUGGAGACAUGACGGACCUACUCAAUGUGUUUGGAAAACAGACCAUCGCAAACCUGGGGAUGAGCAUCCCCGAGGCGCAGGCGCCUCGCCAGAACGGCGCCACGAAUGGGAUUUCUAACGGUCUGAACGGGCGAGGAGAGCGCGCGGGAGAUGGCGGCGACGUGGAGGAGGACGGCUCUGACUCGGGCUCCCAGAAGGGUGUCGCGGCUCUAGACAUCGACUUGUCGUCCCCCCAGGACCUCAGCCUCGAUCCCAACCGGGGGCGGAAGUGGCGGAAACGUCACGUCUUCAGCCAGGUUAUAGCCGAUAGAGGGCCUCUACAGGAUCCAGAACAAGCAGGCCGUCGCGACGCGGAGAUGAGGGACAGAGAUACGUACGGUUUGCGACGCCGUCCUAAGGUCCAUAACUACCACUCGCGCGUCGCCUUCCCCCUCAUCGAUAGUUACCCCGCUAUCUUCUCCCGGGGUGGCGGUGGCGAGGAUGGCGAGGAGGACCGCCGCCACCUGCCGGUGCGGACGGCGUUGUCGACCGAUUCCACGGUGGCCGAUAAGAUACGAGCCCUGCGCAGCGCUGUCGUCCGCUCUAUUAGCCUCGAGGACCGCGAGAUGGUGGGCAACGAACUCGCCGAGAUCGCCGACGGCUACAGGGAGGGCUGGUCGAGCGGCAGCGACAGCGAUGAUGAGGACUGA